AUGGCGAGCGGUGGAGGCGGCGCUCCACCGUCGCCGUCUCCGCCGUUGAACGGCGGAGAAUUCCUACUCCAAUUGCUCCAAAAACCACCGCAAAUACAACCCCAACAACCACAACCACAACCACCAACACCGCCACCGACCCAGACCCUCCCUCAUGAUCCUGCAGUUGCAGUCGUGGGACCGACUUUUGCCUUCCCUCCGUUCCCGUCCAACGGUCACGAUCUACCUUAUCGUUCUCCUCCUCCGCCUCAUACUUGGACUCCCCACCAAUCUCCUCCUCAAUUCGCUCCACACAAUUUCUUCAUGAAUGGGUUUCCCCAAAACCCUAACCCUAGCCCGAGUUGGUCAUCCCCACUAUUACCAGCACCCCCGCCCGAGUUCAAUCACCACAAUCACCAGUACAACUUAUUGGGUGACGAUAUUCGUAAGCUCGGGUUUUUGGGUACAAAUUCCAAACCAAUCUCAGCUCAUCAACAAGAACACAACAUCGUUUUUGGUUCUUUUCAUCGUGAAAUACGAAAAGAUGAAGGCUUUCGAGGCAAAGACGAUGUAUCGAAUGACAAUUUGUAUGGUAAUUUAGCUCAUGGAGGGAAAAUUGAGGGUUUGGCGUCGAAAGAGAGAACAACGGGUUUAGGGAGUAAUAGAAGAUUGGAUGGUGUGGAGGUUGAAUUUCAAAAAUCUCCUGAUUUUAAUCGGAACCCCCCAGGGAGAAAUCAUAAGCAAGGAAGUAGGGGUGGUGGUGGUGAUGGUGGGCGGGGGAAACAAGGCCCUAGUGGGAAUUAUAUAUCACCUGAAGUGAGGAAGCCGCCACCAGGGUUUCCUAGCAAGCCGAGGAGUGCAGGGAAUCGAGAAUCUGGAAAUAGGAGUUUUGAACAUAAUGCGGAUAAGGGUAAGAGUAAGAUUGGUAUGUUGAACCAUAGAGGUAUCGAUACUCUUUCACUUGAUGAGAAUGAGAGGGAGGGAAGAUUUUUGCCCAAUCAUAGUAAAGUGAACGGUGAUGUAUCAGCUGAAAGGAGGCAAAGUGUUCAGCUUGAUUGCUCUGGCCAGUCUGCAGGAAGUAAUCAUCAUUCCGUUUCAGUUGUGAAAGGGUCUCUUCUCGAAUUGCACCAUGAGGUCAAUGAAGAUGAGGAAGAGUCUGGCUAUGGGAUGCAGGAGAAGAUGAGGAGGGGUGGUGGUCGUGGUCAAAGUGAAUUGGAUGAUUUGGACGAAGAGCUAAUGGGUUCUUUAGCACUCGAGAAUGGAUCGGAUGAGAAAAAUGAUAAAAGGCAACAUCAUAGAUCUCGGGAUAAGGAUUAUAGAUCUGAUAAAAGAGGACAAUGGCUACUUAGCCAAAGGAUGAGGAACUUCAAAAGACAGACUGAAUACCGUGCUGACAUACAUAGGCUAAAUGGUCCUUUCCUUGCAAUUUAUGAGUCGUUAAUUCCAGCAGAGGAAGAAAAGACAAAGCAAAAGCAAUUGUUGACAUCAUUGGAGAAACUUGUCAACAAAGAAUGGCCUGGAGCUCGAUUAUAUCUUUAUGGAUCAUGCGCCAACUCAUUUGGGUUCUCAAAAAGUGACAUUGAUGUUUGCCUGACAAUCGAGGAUGCAGAUGUUAACAAGUCUGACAUCUUGUUGAAGUUGGCUGAUGCAUUGCAGUCAGAUAAUCUUCAGAACACUGUCGAAGGGCACAGUGCCCUGAGAGUACUAUCACUCAUUUUGGAGUUGUUGCCUGUUGGCAAUGAGCAGAAGCCUGUAAUGUGUUUGGAGCUUUUGGCUAUGGUCUCAUUUUGGUGCUAUGUGCUUUUACUUGUCUCUAACAAGGUGGUGAUGAAUUAUCUAUUGAGUCAGAGCCUAUCGUCUGCCGGAAGUAGAAUGAGAGGAGUCCUACUAAGAUGUGAGUGUGAGCAUGUCUGCGAGAGACAGAAUAUUGUUGUUGACAGGGCAAUAAUUUUGAGGGAAACAGAUCAAUACAGAGUCUCUAGGAGGGCAAACCAUGCUCUGACACAUGCUAGGGUUCCCAUAGUGAAGCUGAUGGAUCCAGUCACUGGAAUUUCCUGUGACAUAUGUGUAAACAACGUUUUGGCUGUUGUAAACACAAAGCUGCUUCGAGAUUAUGCACAGAUAGAUGUGAGACUGCGGCAGUUGGCUUUUAUUGUGAAACACUGGGCUAAGUCGAGGGGAGUUAAUGAAACUUACCAAGGGACACUAUCUAGCUAUGCGUAUGUCUUGAUGUGCAUUCAUUUCCUUCAGUUGCGUAGACCUGCCAUCCUGCCAUGCUUGCAGGAAAUGGAGAGAACUUAUUCUGUAAAUGUGGACAAUGUUGAAUGCAAUUAUUUUGAUCAAGUGGAUAAGCUUUGUGGCUUCGGUUCGCACAAUAUGGAGAGUAUUGCUCAGUUGGUAUGGGCAUUCUUCAAUUAUUGGGCGUAUUGUCACAAUUAUGCCAAUGAUGUUAUCUCUGUUCGUACAGGAAGCAUAUUGAGCAAGCGAGCUAAAGACUGGACCAGGAGGAUCGGUAAGGAUCGCCAUUUGAUAUGUAUUGAGGAUCCAUUUGAGGUGUCUCAUGAUCUAGGACGAGUGGUGGACAAGUAUAGCAUAAAAGUUCUGAGGGAGGAAUUUGAACGUGCUGCAGAAAUUAUGCAGUAUGAUCCUGAUCCCUGUGUAGCGCUAUUUCAGCCGUAUGUUCCUAGUUGA